GAAGAUGUUGUGCGAGAGUGCUCUUAACGCCUUCCUAACAUUGAUUUCCCGACUUUUUCGCUACUGAGAAGCUGAAGAAAGAAAACGUGAGCCCAUACGUCAUGAUAACUCGGCGGUUGUACGCUUAAAUAAGUGACGGGCGCUUUGCAAGAUGCCGGGACGCCGGAGCCCGUAUCAUCGUCCUGUGAGAUGAGGAGCAGUGCUAGGCCUAAUGUGCCUUCAUAAGAUGAAACGGUACAACAUUCUCGAACAGUAAGCUCCGUCAUGACAGAACUCCAGACGACUUUGGAGUUCUCCAUUGAACUACACAAGUUCAGCAAUGUUGACCUGUUUCAGCGUGGGUACUAUCAAGUUCGUACAUCCCUGAAGGUGUCGCCCAAGCUGCCGUCGAAGAUCGAAGUAAGCCUGCCGCGGAACUCGGCAAUGCAGGGUUAUGCGCCCCCCGUGGUGUUUCCAGCUUGCAUUGUGAACGGAACGGCGGUGAGCAAGACAUUCCAAAUCCUUUACAAGAAUGAAGAAGUUCUGCUCAAUGAUAUUGUAACCUUCAAAGUUCAUGGGCUAGUGGACGGACACAGGAUUCGAGACAUAAUCUUGAAGACAGAAUUCCAUCUUCUGGUUGAACUGUGGUUCACAGAUAAGAGCUUUGGCACUGACCAGCACAAGACCAUACAGUGUGUGAGCUCUCGACUGCUCACCCUUCACCUGGAUCCCGCCCGUGGACUUCACCACCAUAUUCCAGUGCUCUUUGACUACUUUCAUCUUGCCGCUGUAUCCGUUACGAUUCACGCCUCCAUUCUGGCCCUGUGUCAACCUUAUUUAAGGAAGGGCCCAACACUGGCUCCUUGCCAUCCUGGGUUCCAGAGAGGAGGAAAGACACAGUGGUUCACGAGCAGUCCGAGAUUGUCGUCCAGGAAGUCAAUGUCUUCAAGCUUUGAAAGUGUUUUCUUCGGUAUCCAGGGUGGCGGUCGCCCCUUGGCCCGGCUCCAGCGAGCGUGUCUAGUCCACUGGGAGCUCUGUUCGUUACUCCUGGCUGCUUAUCACAGCCUUCAGCGCAGACUCGCCGAAUGUCUCAAGCUCUUGCCACCGUGGCAGCAGCUCCAUCUGAGUUCGCUUGACCUCGCGUCUUGUCUGGACGGCCUCAGUGAUAUCGCUAAAGACUGCCUCUCACACAUCAAGAAGAAAACGUCAGCCCCUCCACCGUGGGAAAAGGUCUUUGCUCAGCUCUCGAAAGUAGAAAGCGAAGAAGACUUUCUUGCCGUGGCCAACAGCGACGUGGCCCAACUGUGCGGGGCACUCAUAGUCCUCUGGAAGCAGUUCCUCGAAGUUGUCAUGGGACAGGAGAAGAUUCGACAGCACCUUUCGCGCCAGCGACACUUCCAGCGAGUCAAGCGAUUUGCCGAGGCCUACUUCGUCAUCGAGAAGCCCCGCUUCUCAAUGUUGUCAGCCAAUGAUUCGAGCACCAACAUGUUCCACGAGGUGACGGAAGCAUUGCGGAGGUCCCGCUACUUGGCCCUCUUGCCACCGCUUGAGGUUGAAUGCGCUGAGCUCGAUGGGGAUUUAAACAAUCUUCCGGUUAUCUACGAAGAGCAUUAUCAGGACUUCCUGACUACUCCUCUAGGAUGCGGUUCACAAUCCUGCAUCAACCUCAGUGACAUCUCUCUCAACAUUGAUCCUCGUCGUGCAUCGACAACCCUGUCUGCGAGAACGGAAGAUAGAAACGGCACCGCUCGCUCGCGAACUCGUAAUGCAAAAGUGGCCUACACACAGGGUGGCUCGCCCACCUUCUCCACGGACGCCGAACUCGGCUCUCCGACUUCGACUUCCUCGACCUCGUCGGCCGACCAGCAAGACCGCGAGAACUUCCUCCGCCACAAGAGUAGCAUCUCGACUCGCACGAAAGUGAAGUUACGCGCGAGGACGGCCAGUCUCUUGCGCCAGCUCAAACGGCCCCACAUCAACCACCAGCCGGUGACGCUUCUAGCGUUUCGCCACCUCGACGCGCUCCGCGUUCAGCGCGCACCGCAAGAGGCGGCGAAGGACCCAGGCGCGGGCGGCAAGAUUCGACACUCGCAGAGCUCGGUCGCCGUGACGGCAGUGACGCUCCAGCCUCCGCGCGACACCACCGCUCAUUCUCCCUUGAACAACAGCGAGUCGAUGCCAAACCUCGCCACAGACGCGGUGCCGCCGGCUCCGCCGCCACCUCCUCCGCUGCAGCCACGGGCGAGGGUGGUCAGCGCGGAGCUCGACACCAAGUUCAGCGGGCUGUUUGUCACCGAGCGGCUCGUCGAGUCGUGCGCGUGCCUGGGAGCCGUCAAGAGCCGAGCGACUUUUCUGGCGCUGGCGAGGGAACGAGCGGGCGCAAAACACCGGCGUUCGAUGUCCUCGUGCCAGGUCUCCAUCGAAGCGUUCAGAGUGCCGUGGCUCGGAUGCAGGGUCCCGGACUCGCGGAGGGAGUCCCUCGACGAAGUCUUCAUGUGCCAGACCGGUACGUCGAGCAAAUCGACGUCCGGGUACGAGAGCGCCGACGCGGCUUCCGACGUCGUCCAGCCAGCUACUCCGGGAGUGGAAGAAGUUGCUCCGAGCGACGACAGGCCGUCUCCUCAGCCUCCGCCGCCGCCUCCGCUCGAGUUUCAAGACGACCCCGUCGAGUCGACGGAGCAACCGGUCGCAAAGCUGCCGUCACUUCCGACGCCGGUCGAAGAAAAAUUUCUGUCCCUGAACGGCGUCAGUCCGAGCGACUCGAAAACAAAGCCUUCGUCGCCGAGCACAAACAAACAAAAGGCAAGCGCAUCAACAUCUUCCGCGCCAAAUCCGCCGAGCUUUGCCUGCGAGGGGACCAUGUUCUUUCCGAAGCCACCGCCACAGUUUGCGGGCGGCGAUUCGCCGUCGAAUUGUACCGUCGAGGAGAAGGUGGCGGAGCUGAAGGAAGACAGUGAGGUGCCGGGAGUCGUAAUCAACGGGGAGAAAGAGCCGGGGAGCGCGAGCCUCGGCGGGGAAUUCAUCAGCGGGGACGAUCGGAGGGCGUACCUCGAGACGAAGUGCACCAUCCUGGAGAUGCUGACGGACAUGCGUGACAGCGUGCCGUUGUCUCACUGCAACGGUGCCAACAACGCUGUGCAACGCGAGGACAACGCGGAGUGUCAGCAGAGGACGACUCGUACGAACUAUUCGUGCUGGGGAGAUGUGGAACAGGAGGAUGGGAUUAGUUUACGAAGGGCGUCGGCUGUUGGAUCCGACGUCAUUAGUUUUAUCAAAGCCAAGGAAGAAUUCCGUGCCAGACUCAAUAUGCCCUGGCUGUGGUGCAGUGAUUUUCCGGCCCUGGCCUCGGCAGUUCCAUACUUCCAAUGUGAUAACGACCUUCGAGCUUUUAGUCCCGACGGCCUUCACCUGGUCAUCUGUGUUCAUGGGCUUGACGGUAAUAGUGCAGACCUUCGCCUGGUGAGAACGUACCUCGAACUGGGCUUGCCUAUGGUUAACUUUGAAUUCUUGAUGUCCGAACGCAAUCAGGGUGAAACUUUCGAAGACUUUGAGACGAUGACCGACAGGCUAGUCUCGGAAAUCAGCUACCACAUCGAGGUGUUUGCUCUGAAACCUGUCAAAAUAAGCUUCAUAGGUCACUCCUUGGGGAACAUCAUCAUCCGGUCGGCCUUAACUCGACCGGAAAUGAAGCCUUACCUGGGCUGCCUCUGUACAUUUCUGUCACUUUCUGGACCGCACCUGGGGACCCUGUUCAACAACAGCGGACUAGUCAACAUGGGGAUGUGGUUCAUGCAAAAGUGGAAGAAAUCGGGGUCAUUACUCCAGUUAUGCAUGAAGGACACUUCCGAUAUACGCCAGUCUUUUCUGUACAAACUUAGUCAAAAGCCAGGCUUGGAGUACUUCAAACACGUGUUGCUCUUUGGAUCAUCUCAAGACCGCUACGUCCCCAUCCACUCCGCAAGGAUAGAGUUGUGUAAGGCUGCUGUCAAGGACACAUCAUCUUUAGCUCUUGUUGGGGAAGGUGGUUGCAUCAUGUCGAACGGCGAGGAAAGCGGCAGUGGUUCGCUGGAGAUCAUCCUCAUCCCGAUUCCCGAGAAAGAAUACUACACGUCCGAUCGGCCCUUCCUCUUCAUCUGCGUCUGCGUCGCCGUCGGAUACCAGUCCGUCGUCGGAUUUCCACUGCUAAUGCUCAAACACGGUGGCGCGUGCUUCCUCAUACCAUAUAUGGUGGUCCUAGCCCUGAUAGGCGUCCCCAUGGCUGUUCUUGAACUCACCAUCGGCCAGUUCCUCGGUCGAGGUGCUCUGGACAUGUGGAAUGCCGUGCCUGUUGGAAAAGGCGUGGGCAUGGCAAUGCUGCUGAAGACUUUAAUCACCUCCUCGUACCGAGUGGUCAAAGACUGCUACUCCUUCUACUACUUCCUGCAAGCCUUCCAGAUGGAGUUACCCUGGUCAAACUGCUUCACCUGGUGGGGCGCCAACGUGCUCAAUUGUGUGACGAGGAAUCGCACCAAAACGAGGUUCUGCAACGCCGAGAAGCAACGCUUGUACGAUGCCAACGUCAACAAGGAAGUGGACGCAACCAGUGUCUUCUUGACGCUAGAGGUUUGUGGACGAAAGACGAAGGUUCCUCUGCAGGUCUACACCAACGGUACGUCUGAAGUCUGUCGAGAUGUGAGGCCCGUUACGGAACUUUCCUUCCUCAUACACGGCGUUCUGAAGGUAUCAGAUAGCAUCGACGAAUUCGGAGGCAUCCGUUGGGAGCUGCUUGUCUGCUACAUCUUCUCCUGGUUCUUCAUCUUCAUGUGUGCUUCCAGAGGGAUUGCCUCGGUCGCCAAGGUAUCCCCCUUCUUGGCUACCGUGCCCUUCUGCACGUUGGUCGUGCUAGCAGCCAGGACCAUUUUUCUUCCGGGUGGAAGGGAUUCCUUUCUGGAUGUCCUGGCACCAAGUUGGAGCCACAUCAUCAGCAUGAGUGCAUGGUCAGACGCAGCAUAUUACGUGACAAGCGGCCUGGAGAUUGGUACCGGAAAAUUGCACGCAGUUGCUUCCUACAACACCUUUGACUCAACAGGCAUUCUUUGGGCUUUCCUUAUCUUGCCUUUGUUCCUGACCUGCUCUAGCAUCUUGGGCAGUGUGGUGAUGUUGAGUGCCAGUGGGAGCCUGGCAGAUGACUUGGGCAUGUGUAUCGCUGACUUCGACAUCUUGCCCCCUGUGUUCCCAUAUGUGACAUUUCCCGAAGUAGUAUUGAGCAUGUCCGUGCCUGCAUUGUGGACCGGCCUGUUCUACUUCACCAUCUACAUGAUAUCUAUCGACGAUAUGCUAUUGAAUGUCGGCAUGGUGGUGUCGACGGCGGAAGACCUGUUCCCGUCCAUCCGGCUCAACAUGAGCAGGACUGCCUUCUUUGUCUGUCUCUCCAUGUUCUUCUCUGGAAUACCAACUGUCACGCGGGCUGGCAUCUACAUCGUGUCCCUCCUGGAAGAUUACACAGUGGCGGGUGUCAUGUCCCUAUUUAUACCCAUGCUUGAAAUCACUAUCUUCAUCUGGAUUUACGGCAUGCAGAGGUUUUCAUUCGACGUGGAAUUCAUGCUCAGGAAGCCGCCGGCUGCCUUCUGCAAGGCAUGUUGGAUCUUCAUCUGUCCUCUGCUAUUGGCCGUAUUCUACAUAUAUCGAAUGGCCCGGUUUCAGCCUCCUGUUUUCUACCAGAUUCCCGAGGAGUACGAAGCUCUGGCCUGGGUCUUGGGCAGUACCGCCCUUCUGCAAGUUCCCAUUGGAGCAGUGGCCCUUCUUUUGGACAAUAUCAAGAAUCCCGGUCGGGCGUUUCAACCGGAAUAUCACUGGGAGCCAAAUACUCCCGGAGAAGCGUACUUCGAGGAGAUGGAGGAGAAGGGCAUCGGCGUCGCCGGUAGCGGUGGCCCGGCUCCCGCCCUGGACGCCAUGUGCUGCGACACUGCCAUGCUCGAAGUCAGCGUCGACCCCGAUGCGCCGCUUAUCUUUAAUCCGCCUCUAUAAAUGUUUGCGCACAAUAUACGCCUUGAUAUACGAAAUCAUA